CACUGAUCUAAACUGUCAGCUCCCACUUGUCAGCACUCGAGCAUGUUUUGUUUUGAAUUUUCAAAAAUUGAGGUUAAGAGUAUAGUGCACAGAGUGAUCACUUUAUCACAUUAAAAUACAAUUAAUACUUCCAGUUUCUAUUAAAAAAUGGUUAGAAAACUUAAAUAUCAUGAACAGAAACUUUUAAAGAAAGUGGAUUUUAUUUCAUGGGAAGUUGAUAAUAAUUUACAUGAAGUCAAAGUGCUCAAGAAAUACCACAUUCAAAAGAGAGAGGAUUAUACAAAAUAUAAUAAACUCUCAAGAAAUAUUCGAGAGGUAGCUAGAAAAAUAAAAGAAAUUGAUUCUAAUCAUCCUUUCAGGACAGAAAGUAGUGCACAAUUAUUAGAGAAAUUAUAUUUAAUGGGUCUAAUAGCGACACGAUGGGAUCUCAGUUUGGCAGAAAAAGUAACAGCUUCUUGUUUCUGUAGAAGAAGAUUAGCAGUUUUAAUGGUCAGAAAUAAAAUGUCUGAAACAAUAAAAGGUGCUACCAAAUUAAUAGAACAGGGCCAUGUUCGAGUAGGCCCUGAAUUAAUUAAAGACCCAGCUUUUCUAGUCACUAGAACUUUAGAAGAUUUCGUUACUUGGGUAGAUAGUUCAAAGAUUAGAAGACAUGUUUUGGAAUACAAUGGAAUUCGAGAUGACUUUGAAAUUUAGAAUGUUUCUUUCCAGUUGUUUUAUUAAUAAACCUUACUUGAAUUAUAAAUAUAUUUUUUUUGACAUGUCCAAUGGAGAAA